AUGCACCGCGGCCAGCAGCACCACCAGGAGCACCAGAGCUGGUCCAGGCCACUCUGCUUGCUGAUCGGCAGGCACACAACCGUUUGGGACGCCUGGAGCUGGAACGCCAUGUGCUGGAUUCCCGCGUCUGCUUUGCCCCGAGCAGCUCGCAAAAUGCCCAUCGGAAGCCAGCCCUCAGUCAGCGCGAUGCCAAUCCCCGGGUUUGACACUUGGGUUUCCUCUCACGCACCCCCAGAGGCCACCUCGCACGCCCCCCCACUCCCACGCAGCCCGUAUGCCCACCCCUCCCUCACUAGCGGCACCACCCAUCCGGCGCUCGGUCUAAGUUGGCUCCCAUCGUCAUCCCUCUCCCUCCCCUUGGUGCCGCAUGUUUUGGGAUCGUGGGGACCCACGACGCAGCUGCGUCUCCGAGCUGGAAAUCCGUCCGGUGUUUGA